UUGAAUGAGGAACAAAAACAAAAGUUGCAGAGGCGAGGCGAGGCGUGAGACUUUCUCAGAAGCGUUGAUGGCAUUGCCUUCUUAGGGAUUUCAAGGAUUCAAAUUCUUUGUAUUUUAGGUCGAUUUUUCCGAUUCCAAUCAUCGCGAAAUCAAAAUCUGAAAAUGGAGGACAUGGACAUUGAUUCAAUAGUAGACAUACCUGACACUCCUGACAGAUUAUCUUCACAUCAAGUGAAUGGAGGGAAUUUUAUUGACAAAGAAAGCAAUUUAUCAGUAGCUGGUCAUGUGGGAGGUUCUAGUACCACAGGUGAAGAAUCUUUGGAUAGGCAAAGGGGCAGAGGUAGGCUGCUUCCCACGAAUGGGCACAAUAGGAAGCAUUAUGUAAACCCUCUGAAGCUUUCUGGAAGUACUGAUGAAAUUGAGCGUCCGAAAAACACCAUUUUCUUAUCCCCACCAGAGUGCACUCAAGAAAAUGCUCCUUUAUUUAGGAAAACAGCAACGGCGAGAAGCCGAAAUUGCCUUCGAGAGCAAGAGAAGGAUAAAGGAAAGGCUCCUUGCUCUAAAUUACCUUCUAAAUCAUCUGGAUUCCAAGAAGAUCACACCUUUCUAGAUUUAGCUGAACAGAGAAUGCACAAUCAAAUACCUGAAAUGGAAUUUCUACAAAGUGCGUCUGAAAACUGCUUAACUGAAGGAAGAAAAGAAGGUCAGGUGCCAAGAAAUGGUGGUUCUUACCUAUCCAGAACUAGGUGCAAGGGAAAGGAAAAAGUUGAAGUUGAACUUAGAAGUAUAGGUUCAGUUAUGAGUAAUGGAAAAGGGGUGGAUCUUUCUCAUGGUUCCCCACUUAGAGUAGAAAAGCAAUUUCCUGCAUCUCAUCAUUCUGUUGUCUCACCAAGAGCAGUUGGGAAAAGAAGAUUGGUCCGAAAUGGCUGCAUCUCCCCCCAUAAUAUAGCCAUCAGGGCUAAACAAAACGAACAAUCGCAAAGCAACUUUAGAGCUGAGCAAAAUUUUGACAAUGUGGUUAGCAGCAGUCCUUGUAUGCUUAGCGAGAUAGUUACUGAAGAUAAUAAUAGUGGUAAAGGAAAAAGAGUUUCCCAUCCUCACACACCUAAGGAGCAUGAUAUCAAUUUUAUUAAUUUGUCUAGCAGCCCUAUGAGUAAUAAUGGAGAAGCUAGUGGUUUUGGUGAUGUGAAUAGAGAUGCAUGCUUUGAAGAAAAAGGUGGAUGGAGAAGUACUCACAACUUUUCAAAGAAUGUAGACGAUGCAACUGGACAUCAUUUACAUAGGUUUAAUAAUGUUGGAUGUCAAGUGAGUCAACGAAAUGAUAAUGGAGUUGUGAAAAGAAAUAAUGCUAGUAGAGGAAAGACCGUGAUUCUAUGUGAUUCUCCUGAAAUUUUUUACGCAACUGAGACAGCUCCUGUGGUCUCAAAAGUCGACCAAAUAAGUGAAUCUUCUCAUGCAAACAUGCUGCCUAAAAGGAAAAUGAAACAUGGAUUAACCUCAAGAAAUAAUGGUGAAAGCUCUAGGGUCACUCGUAAUGACUCAGACAUUGUGUUUCUUGGUUCAUCUAGGGAAUCAUCUAAUUCAAGGUCAUCUAGUUUUCAUAUUGCGGAACACCUGGAUGUCUUGGAUCUUGACAACUCACCUGAAAUGAGAGGGAUAAAUGCCAAUAAUGCGGACUCUGUGAAUGAUGAGGAUGCAGAGGCUAAGGCUAGACAACUUGAAGCGGAUGAAAAGUUGGCCCGGGAACUCCAAGAACAAUUAUAUCAUGAGAUUGAUGAAAACAUUGCAUGGACACUUCAGCAGGAGGAAGAUGCACUCCAUCCUACUUUUCGGACUCUCCAUGAGCCAGAUCAUAGAGUCUCAACAAGGCAGUCUCGUAUGCAGCCUCCAUUGCGGAACUUUCAGAAUUCUUCAAAUAGGAGAGGAGUGCAGACUCAUUUCCCUACUUCGGCUAGAGUUUCAAGGUUAAGGAAUCGAAUAUUGAAUCAACCUCGGAUGGCACCAUCUAGGACAAGGAAUUUUCAAUUUCCUUUAGACAUGGACUUAGAUAUGAGACUUGAUAUACUGGAAGCCAUGGAGGCUGCAAUUGGAGAUUCUGAUGACAUGGGAAUGGCUAGUCACAUCUUCCAAAUUCAGCGUGAUUUUAAUGAAAAUGAUUACGAAAUGCUGUUGGCCCUUGAUGAUAACAAUCAUCAGCAUGGUGGUGCAUCUAUUAAUCAGAUUAACAGUUUGCCACUUUCCAAAGUACAGACUGAUAAUUUCGAAGAAGCUUGUGCCAUAUGCCUUGAAACUCCUGCCAUUGGAGAAACCAUUCGCCAUCUUCCUUGUCUACAUAAAUUUCACAAGAAUUGUAUCGAUCCAUGGCUGAGCAGGAAAACAUCAUGCCCGGUUUGCAAAUCAUCUAUCACUUGAACAGGAGUGUUCCAGCGCUAUAUGGAUGAAUGUAAAAAAUCUUAAACAGAUAUUCAUCAGAGACAGGAUCCAAUAGAAAGAUGAUUUAAUUGGAAUAAUCCGCGGCCAUUGAAUUUGUCAUUGGAUGUUAUCUUUUGCCGUGCGUUGCUUGCAGAUUUGACUUAAUACUGAAUCUAACUGUAGGGAAAGGAUCGGUAUGCUUGAUGAGCGAAUAAACUCGGAACCACAUUCGGAGCAGAGAUGGCUUUUGAAGUGCUAAUGGAGGAUCAUAAAUUCAUAAUCUUUCAGUGUAAGCUAUUGUGUAGAAAGUAACAACAUGCCAUACAAUGCAAUUCAAUGUUUUAUGUCAGUUAUUUUUGUUGAAAGCAACUAUUUUUGGGUACAAGUAUGGAAGGGGCCCCUCUUCAAUACCAAGAAGUUCAUUUUAGUCCUCUACAUUUUGGAAAGCAACAUUUUAAUCGCUGUACCUUUGGUUUAUAGCAAAAAGGUAAAGAAAAUGCUAAUUGUGCUUUUAA